GGAUGUUUAUGCUUUGGAGGAGUCGCCGGAGUGGGGGAAUGGGGAGGGGGAUGGGGAUGGGAUGGGCGAUGGCGAUGGGGAUGGCACUGGUGAGGAGAGCUUUGUUGGGCUUGCUGAGGGGGAUGAUGUUGUCGGUGGAGCGGAUAUUGAAGAGUCGUUGCAAGAGGAGCUGUCGAGAGUGGAAGGGGAAGAUGAGCCGGUCUUGAAGCAGCCUGCGCGCAGAGGACGGAAGCGGAAGAGCGAUGGGUUGGAGUCGAAUGCGGAGAAUGAGUCGUCGCCUGCUGUGCGAUCGAAAAGGACGCGCACGGCGAAUGCUCAGGCUUCGGCUGCGGGGGAGUCAAGGAAGACUGCGCCGAAGCCGCGAGGAAGACCGCCGCGUCAGCAGAGGAGAGAGGAGGAUGUUGUGGAUGAGGAGGAUCAUGGUGCUGCGGAUGCAUCGUUAGAAGACGCUGCUCAACCGGAGGAGACGCCUGUUCCUGUUCCGAAGAAACGUGGACGACGGCCGAAAGCUCAAGCAUCACCCGUUCCUGACAAUGUCCCUGAGGAAGAAAGCAGUUUACCCGCCAAGCGCCGCGGACGACCGCCCAAGGAGAAACCCGCAAAGCCCGCAGCAGCAGCAGCAGAGUCAACAGAAGACACUGCCUUCAAGAAACCUACCCAACCCGCGCGGAAGCCCAAGGCCAAGGCUACCGAGAGAUCUGCUACUGCUGCCACUGCCUCCAUCCCCCCCGACCUAGCAGCAGGAAAACUCGUAGAUAGUCUAGGAAACCCGAUCCCCCGCGAAGAGCUCGACAAGCGCUCCGUCACCUCGGCCGGCUCCUCCUUCCGGCGCGCCCGCCAACUCUCCGUCUUCCGCGAAGUCGGGCCCGACGAGAUCGGCCGUGUUGGGCGCUCCGGCAGGCACCACGUCAAGCCCAUUGAUUUCUGGAUGAACGAGCGUGCCGAGUAUGGACGGGAUGGCACGUUGAAGGCGAUCACGCAUCAUUUGGAGAUUGAGGAGGAGGCGCCGAGACGGAGGAAGAGGAAGGCCGGGUCGAAGAAGAAGGGGAGGAAGAGGGGGGUUGGUGAAGAGGGGAGUGAGGAUGGGGAGGAAGAGGAGGAGAUGGAGAGGGAGGAGUGGGAGGUUAAUGAGGGGGUGUUUGUCGGGGCGUACAGGGAGUUUGAUGUCGCGACGGAGACUACGGGGGAGGAGAUGUUGCAGAGUACGCUCGCCUGGGCCGAAAAAGGCAUCGUACCCCAACAAGUACCCAACGCGCAAUUCAAAUUCACCAAGCUGGGCUCCGCGGGCGAGCGGUCCUUCUUCAGCUGGGGAUGCAUCGAGCUCGAUGAGGGCGACAUCAAGCGCAGCAAGAAUUCGAGGCGCAUGCAUAUGGUGUUUCACGUCACGAGGGGGAGGGUCGAGGUUAGUGUCAAUGAGGAGAAUGUGUUUGGUGUGGGGAAGGGGGGUGUUUGGCAGGUUCCUAGGGGAAACAACUACAGUAUUCGUAACUUGGCUAAAGGGAAGACGAGGGUGUUCUUCGCCCAGGCUUAUGAGAGUACGGUUGCGGUGGAGUGAGUAGCAAGCGCAGUUGUGGCUGGGUGGCAUAGCACAUAGGGCAUGGCGCUUGGUGUUUUGGAGACGGACAUGCAAAGUCAAUGAGAAUGGCGAGGGCAAGUCAAGUGCAUGUUCGAUCGGGCUGUGUAGCAGAGAUGUAUAUGCGGGUAGGAUAAAGGAUCCGAAAGACCGUACGUUACGAGUUAUAUGAUGUGCAGGUGCGACAGACGGUCUGAAGCUUGCUAAAUUAAGGACUGCUAUUACAAAGGAACUAACUGUUAGAAAUGUUGCGUUUAGA